AGUUGCGUUGGGAAGAGAACGGAGUUCCGUCAUUCGAAGCCCGCCAACAGAGGAGCGAGCAGCCACGGUACGGGAGCACGUUCGGUACAGUUGUAAAUUCGCGAAAAAAAAAAAUCUGAUAAAUCACCCCCUCUCCCCAGACAAACACCGCGGUGUCUGUUUAUCACCUGCUUAAUACCAUCGAUGAUAAAAUAAAAGAGUGGUGCCACUGACAAUUCCCGUGUAACCGUGAUUCAUUGAGGGUGAGAGGUCAAUUUCACGAUGACAACAACAACAAUGAUGAUGAUGUCAAUGAUGAUCAUAACGAUCAUGAUAAUACUCUGAAUGCUCCUGUGACUGUGAAAACAAUGCAUCAACUCUAAUAAUCUUUAAUAAUCUCGAAUAAUCUCUAAUAAUGAUAAUCAAUAUGAUGGUGCAUCAGAACGACUGCUGUCAAUCUAGUGAUAAAAAAUUCAAUUAAUAUUUCAUUGAAUGCAAAUGCUUGUCUUCAUGCAAAUACUAUUCGGAGAUUCUACUGGAAUAGUGUCGGGGGGAAAGACUCGGUAUGAUGUUUGAUUGAUUGAUGGUAAUAUUUGAAUGUUUAGUUAGAGGAAUAAUUGGUGUGGGGUGAAGUACACCUGCUCUCGUCAAUUUGAAAUAUUUUUCUUUUUGGAGUGAUAAUCCUUGGGGGAAGGUUGUUCUGCAGUUUUGUGUGGCUGUGCACAAACAAGCCAGGCAAGUAGUGACGAAGUGGUCUGCUUGGUGCAGGGCCGAUUGGUGCCGAUUCAACACGAGUUGUAAAGUCGACGGAGAAAGAAGAACGCUACUUCAACGAGGGGUCCAUAUCUUUCCACUCGUGAAAAGGGAUAAAGAACUGAAGUGAGUGAAGGAGUGAGACAACAAAGACAUAAUAGCCCGUACUCCUGUUUUUUCACUAUAUUUGAGAUUUAUUCAGACUAAAUGAAAUCUCCCUUUGAGGUGAUUCUCCGUACGAUAUGGUGAAUGAAAAAUGAAGAAAAACUGCCGGAAGAGAAUGAAAAAAAGGGAAUCAAAUAAAACAGAGGAAAAACAAUAGCCGCUGCGAGUAUUUUUUCGACGGAAUUCGAUUGAGCGUUGCAUCCAAACGAAUUCACCGAAAUAACUUGGAUAUUGAACGAGCUAUUUGAUAAAGUGAGAUUAAUGAUAGAAUUUAAAUGUUAGAAUAAAUCAAUUGGUGAAUUUCGAUUGGUGGAGGAUCUGGGAGUUGAUGAGGGGAGAAUAUUUUGUGGGCACACAUGAUUACCGAUUUCAACGUUGUGUAUAGGGUGCAGUGUGAACAACCAGUUCUCUCUAGCUCAGAAGCUACGACAUCGCCUGUUCCUUAUGUGUAUAUGUGCAAAUCGUUGAGUCAAUGUGCACGUGUUCAGCUCCCGCGAGAGAUUCACGUAUGGGCCUGAUCCCUAUCUCCAAGUAGAAUUUAUCCAACGGUUGGUACUCCCUCGUUGGGUAGCACUUUCUUUCAUUGACAUUCAUAUCAUUUUUCACAUUUCCCCCGUGACCUGUAUCAUUGAGAAAUCAUAAUAAUACACCAAUUUUACUGUGCCAUAUUUUUUUUUAUCACUGGCUAUUCUCCUGUGCAAAUGAAAAUUUUCUGUGUUAUUCUUUCGAUCGUUCAAUAAAUUUAUUUAUGACUUUGAGUUCUGAAACUUAUUUUAUCUGUUAUUUUCUACUUAGUUGUCAUUUUUUGGGAUUGUGCUAAUCUUUAUGACUGAGUUGAUAUUUUUUGAGGUUACGAAUUUUAAUCGAUUGCAAAUUUCUUUCUUUUUGUUGAAUUGAGAAGGCUCUAUUCCUAUUUAAAAUUUACCUCAAGAACUAGAGCUGAGAGAAAAACAAUAGUGAAGGCUUGAUUAUCUCGCCGGAUAUCCGACGGGAGGCUGUGAAUUCACGUGUGAUUGUUGCAUUGUUUUGAGUGACUAAACCGCAAAAGGGAAUUACAUACAAAUUUCACUCAGCAAUUUAAAGGAUAGUGAGUGUGAUUCAAGUGUGAACGGAACUACUGGUCAUCGGUUACACUAAAAGUGGCCGAAAGACUGAAAGCUACCUUCACAUAAACAAUAAGUGUUAUCAAACGGCCUCAAGAUUCAGCCGGACGUCAUGCCUUGGUUCAUCCUAUUCCUACUGCUGCUAUCUGUGAUGGAGGCCUUCCCCAGGGAGGCCACCUGUUCACGUUUGCCGGACAUCUACUGGAACUCCACCAGCCCAAUAUUUCGAAUAGACAAUACCGAUCACAUUAUAGACGUUAACAAACAUAAUGCGGCCUUUGAAUAUGAUCAGGUCAAUAUCAUAUGUCCUGUCUAUUUGCCAGGGACUUACGACGAUGAGGCUGAGAGAUACAUCAUUUACAAUGUAUCGAAAGAGGAGUACGAGACUUGCCGGAUAACGAAUCCAAUUCCGCGUGUUAUAGCUGUAUGUGAUAAGCCCUUCAAGACAAUGUAUUUUACGAUAACAUUUAGGCCAUUCACACCACAACCCGGUGGACUUGAAUUCCUUCCUGGCCACGAUUACUACUUCAUCAGCACCUCAUCCAAGGAUGAUUUACACAGGCGCAUCGGUGGACGCUGCACAACCCACAACAUGAAGGUUGUCUUCAAGGUGUGCUGUGCAAAUGAAACCAACGGAUCACCAACAUCAACAUCCCGCAACUACUUUCCAUCAGCUGGCACCAACAGCGGCAGUAGUACAGUAUCAAGCUCAACGAGUAUUGGUAUUUCGGGUGGUAAUGGCGUCGGUAUGCCACCAUCACCACCUCCAAGUGUCUUCAAAGGUGGGGAUCGAUUCUACCCGGGAGGCAACAUCUAUCAUCAUCAACCUGGUACAGCGCCCACUCUACCCCACGGUCCCCCACCAAACUAUCCGUCACAUCCCCAUCAGCCGCCGAUUCACAAUGGACAACCGUCCUCGUCACCGCCCAAGACCUCGAUCACCCAGAAGAAGAAGAACAAGGAAUACUCGGAUCACCCGAACGAAGUUGUGAAGAACGAGGAAUUAACGUACAACGGUGCAAGCUCAUCGCAAUUACGACAUAAAAACCUGAGACUGCUGCUCGUAUCAACGAGCACACUUCUGGUCAGCAUGUGUUUGCCCUAUUUAAUGCGGUGAAGCCUCAGCUAUUCAGUGAAUAAUUCACCGAUUGAAAAGAAAGAAAAAUAAUAAUGCAAAAAAAAACCCCUUCUUCUGUGAUUAUCCUACGUUUAAUUAUUCAUUUAAAGCAAUGCAGCCAUUGGAAUGAUUAAAAAUUCCGAUGGACUAGAACGACAAAUUACAUACUAUUAAAUGAAUUAAUUAUGAGGAGUGAAAAAGAAUAAUACAUGAUAAUGUAUUCGGCCGUUGAGGUGAAGAAAAGUAAACACGAUCAAGCCAUAUUAAUAUUAAAAUGAUAUUACGUCUAGGCACUUGGUAGUUACGGCCACUAAUUAUCACUACUAUUGCAUAGUGAGAGAAGUUAAGAAUGAGGUGGUAGUUAUAUUGAUUGUCCUUAUCACGAAGAAAUAACGAAUAGAUAUUUAUUCUAAAGUACGUCGACGACACUUGAUACGGGCUAUCCACGUGUUCACGUCGAAAAAAAAAUUUUCAAAUUUACCAAUUCCGAAUUUCAACCUAUCGAAAUACGCCACUCACACGUCAAAUGCCAUGGAAAUGAGAAGACAAUGGAUUUAGAAAUGCUCUCGCUAUUAGUUUCUAUCGAAUACUUUGUAAAUAUUUUUUCCAAUAAUCCAUACGUUACUGCAUACACAAUAAUGUUGGAUUCGGUGUGAUGGGUGAGAAUAGGGUUUGGGACAGUAAUAUUCAGCGAGAAUAAUUUCUACGAUAAAUAAUUUAAUUGAUUUCUUGUUUCGAUGGCUGCAGGGAUAAAUACACUUAGGUGAUUCUGUAUUACUACACAGCGUUGAGUGAACGUAUUUCGUACUCCUGUCUCGUAAUGAAAUUAUGUAACUCAUGUAAAUAGUUGCCUAAACAAAUGUACUAUAAAAAAAUCGAUACGUGACUGGCAAGUUGAUAAAGACGAAUGGGAGAGAAAACAACUAGCCGCAUCAUUAGAAUUUUAGAUUCGUUUGAUGCACUAGCGAUUGAAUGAAUCGAAUUGUCGGUGUGAGUCUAUUCGCAGAGCCUAAAUUAACUCGAACUAAUAAGAUUUAAAUGAAAUCAAGUCCAAUGACGAACGAAUAAAAAAAGUGAAACAAAUUGUAAUAUAAUUGUACCAUAAUGCGACUUUAUCGAAUAGGCCUGUAUUAUAUUUAUUAUCAUCGAUAUCUAUUAUAUUAUUAUCACGAAAUCAGGAUGUCCAAUUCGAUAUUCCAUAUAAAUAUAUUAUAAUUAGGUAAAUAUCAAAUUGAAAAACUGAAUGAAAAAAAAAUUUGAGAUUUUUGUCUCUCUCACUUCUGACCACCCCACAUUAUUAUGAAUUAUAACCGUAACAGUUAUUAUUUUUUUGGUAUUAGCAGUCAAGAGGAAGGCAUUCGUAAUGUUCAAUUGAUUUUUCUUUGCAUAAUCAUAGUCAUUAAAAAUAGAUUCAUUACUCUAUUCUAACUAAUUUUCAAUACGUCAGUUUAAAAUCCAUAAAACAAAUAUUCCGUUAACAAGAAUGCCCGUACCUCGUGCAAUUAUUCACAACUCUGAGUAGAAUAAAUGAAAUUGCCGUUUGCCAUACGGAAACUGACGAGAGACAACCCGAAUGUCCGAUUAUUCCAGACUCACGGAGAUCUGCAGAGUAAAACACCCGGAAACGAAAAAUUAUUGUAAAUAUUGUACGUUAUGUUAAAAAAAAAAUCCCCGAGGCUAAUUUUCACCUUGGACGCGCACGAAGCUGCUGCUUUAUUCACUGACACAAUUAUUUGUCCAUGACAUCUGAUUUAUCAAAAUCAAUCAAUUAAAAAUCCCCACAAAUGGCAGAACAGAAUGGACAGAUAGGACGGUGUCAUAGACACCGAGAAUUAAAACAUUGAGAAAAAAAAAAUCAUCGAUUCAAGGAGAAACAUCAGUUAUCCGUGUGAUCCACAUAAUCAGUGAAUAUAUAACACUCACGCAUAAGAAAUAACUUAUCACAUAAAAUUGAUAAUCAAGUGUUAACAAUAGUUUCGCAUCCCUAAUCUCCCUGCUUACACCUUCCGAGCCAUGUGAUUCGAACAAUAGCUCCUAUUCACAUGACUUAAUCCAUUGUGCACCCAUAAACAAACGCGUUAUCGCCUUUAACUUUAUAGUUUUUUAGUAACUCAACGGGUUAACACAAUCUGUGAAUAUCCGACGCACGCGAUACCGUCAUCUUUAUACACCCACACAAAAGCUGAGCUGUUCACCACUCAUAUCAACCUGUUCACCCAUCACUGAUGUUUCUCCUCAAUAUUAAAUAAAGAACGCGUGUGUAGCGUUUAUCCAUUACAGUAUUGUAAGCCUAAGUAUUACACGGCCUACACGAGGGCAACGUGUGCCUAUCCGUUCAGCAUGUCCACUAAUUGUCAACGCCUGUAUUUUCUGUAUGAUUGUGCAUGAUGAAACAAGUAUUUAUUUGUUAAUCUUAUCGAUCCGUUGGUGUGCAUACACUUAGCUCCUUGAAGACUGACAACGCCUCAAAUAACUGAUAGAUUAUACGGCAGUUGAUGUAAUCAAUUUGUUUUUUUUUCUCUCCUUUUUUUUAAGAACCGACUAAAUUGUGUUCACAACGGAUAGAUUUGAGAUGAUUCGAGAAAUUAAUGGAGUGAUUAUUGAACGCGUGAUAGCAGCAAUGAUUACUUAGAUGAUUGAAGUGAAUUAAUAUUCACGAGAAUGCUAGAUCAAUACAGUAUAACAGUUAUUUAGGCUCCAACUAUAGAUAGAAAAUAGACAAAAUGACAACACUGCGAAAUCACUCUUUUCAUUUUUUUUUCUUUAUUUUCCAUUUUUAUUCACCCUAUCCAUUCAAUCCUCCAUUCCACUGCGUAUUUUACUGAAGGCCAACCCGAAAUCCCAUACACUCCUCGUACCUUUCAUGAUUUUUUAGUUAUUACUUUUCAUUUUCUCGUUCUCCCAUUUUGCCGAAUUGCAUUAUCAAUGCGCGCGGAGAAGAAUAGGGAAAAAAAAUUCAAUUGAAAUUAUUAAAUUGAAUAAUAACAGGGGAAAAGCUGCAGUUAUUGAAACACGUCUUUGUAAAUAAAAGAAUAAACGAAUCAGUAAUUAAUAAGAGACUAAGAAGACGAUUAAGAGAUGGGGAAAAUGUAUAUUAAGAUUCAUAGCAAGUAUUAAAUAGGUUUCUAAUAAUGGUUUAUAUAAAAGUGGAUGUACGUUGAUGUCUAAGAUUUUUAACACAAUGAAGAGAAAACCACAAAGUGAUUAUUAUAAUCGGUUGUAUUUUUUUUUCAAAUCCACAAUGAUAGAAAGACGUAAGAGGGGAGAAUUCAUGAAGAUUAAUGUGGAUAAUUAAAUUUUGUCAGGGCACUGGUAUUUGAUCUCGGCCUCAGAAAUUGAUAGAGUGAAUAACAAUUCUAGUCAAACUCUAAACGAACGAUUUCUCAUCAAAUCACGAGUCAAUAAAAUUCCAUUAUCGAUUCGGUGUGCAUAUUCGAUGAAAAAAAAAAAACAAGUCUCGAAUAUUUCGUGCACUCUUUUAUUAAUUUUCCGUUAAAUCGUACUAUUUACCCCGAUAUAAACAGUAUACUAAUAAGACGUCGGCAUAUCGGCUUACAGGUUUAUUCAUACAAUGCAUACAAAGUACAGUAGAACUCAUAAACAGUAGACCAUUCGUAGCGCAAUAGUAAAUUAAUGAAAAGAAAAAAAAAACAGAAAAAAUAAUCAUGAAACUUCACAGAAACAAACCGAUACUAUAAAGCAUAGCAACGUCUUGUACUUACACUGAUUAAACUGGAAUACACUGAAUUCAACAUAUACUGCACUGAUAUAUCGACGCGUCACAACAGCAGAAUAGAAAAUCACAAGGGAGGAUAUUUGAAAGAUGAAAAAUUCAUUCAUUUCAGACAAAUUCCCAUCUCGGGUUUUGUCCUAUAUUAAAUAUUGUACUGUACGCAGUAGCGUAUACCAAUGGUAUAAAGAAAGUAAAGAAAUAUGAACGAUAUCUAUAAAGAAGAAAAUUUAUGGGAUGCCAUACGUCAGACGAAAAUUGAAUCAACUUGAAAAAUGGCUCGUAAUCGUGGAGCCCGAAAGUAAGUGAAAGAAAACUCGAAAUAUAUUAAUUAGUACAAAGAGAUACUUUAUGGCACGAAGUGUACGUAUGAUUUUUUUUUUCUUCUCUUCACUACUGAUGCUUUGUAGAUUCGCCACUAAUUAUUAUUUUUAUUUUUCAUUUGAAGAUCAAAUUUAGAGGAAAUAAAUUUUUUAAUGGUCAAUACGAACGUCAUUUUCUAAGGUAAAUGUCCGUAAAGAACGAAAAAAAAAAUUAUAUUAGUCCAUAUAAAAUGUACAUGUACAUACACUUGAUAUAUGUACAUAAUAUAGAGUUGAAAGUGCCAUAGAAAUUAACGAACAUGAAUUUUUGGAAUACUACUAAUGAGAAAAAUAAUAAUUAGCAAUUAAAAUACACAUGAGAAAAUGUUCAUUACGAGUUUUUGUAUCAUUAUUCGUGCUCAAAAGGGGGAAAAUUUCAAUAUUUUUCCAGUAAGCAUUGACGCAUAAAAAAACGCUUAAAUUCGACUGACAAUUCAUUAUCACCCCAAUAUCAACGAAUUUUUGAUGUGUAAAAAUUAAUUGACCUGUUAUAAUUGUUAUACGACAAAGCAAAUACGUCCUUUUUCGAGUUUUUUUAUUCUGCAUCUGUUGGAGAGGGAGGAGGGGCGAGUAUUUAAUCGGGGCGAUGUAACAACUGUUUUGUAACGUUCAACGUCAUUCAGCGAUGUCAAUAGUUUAUUUCUCAAAUUGCUUGGUCCGUAAAAAAUAAUGAACAGAGAAAAAAAAAGGGAAUAAACUCCGUGAAUGAAAGAGACGUUUUUCAUUCGCAAUCUUUCUUUUCUGCAAUUAGCGUAUAUACUUGGAAAGCACAAUCACAGCGAAGAAACGAAAUUCAAUAAGAGGGAAAAAUAAAAAUCACGGAGAGCCUGCACACUAAUCGUCUUAAUUACCUAACGACAACAAAGCACGAUAAAAAAAAAGGAAAUAAAAUACUCAUGAUUGUACUGAUUGUUGAACGUGGCUAAAAAAUAGUAAUUAAAAUAGGUCGUUUAAGAGAGUAUGCAUACAGUGCGAGCCCUUAUAAGCCGCCACUAAAACGAAAAACGCGCGUGCUUACUGACAAUGGCCUACUAAAGAAUCGAAAAAUCACGAGAACGCGAGGAAUUAAUACUGAAGACGAGAAAAAAUUAUCGCUUACUAAGCACACGCGUUUUCACUGACGAUAAUUAUUGUUAUACAUGAAAUUAAAAAAAAAAUCGAAACGGUGUGGUAUACAAGACUAAGAACGAGACCUAAAAGUGGGACAUAAUAUUUUAUAACUCAACUUUUGUACAGAAUAAAUAAAUACUUGU